AUGUUCGUAACGGCAUCUCUGUGUCUUACUGUGUAUCUGGCAUCGAACAUAGAUUCAAUCAGAAGCAACAAGAUUCCGAGGCUUGGAGUAAACUUCUCGUCUGCAGCCCUGGUUAUUGGCGGGGUGUUUGUUGGCAGGGAGGCGAUUUCGUAUGCGAUCAACUUCAGGAAGAUGGUGUCUAUAUUCUACAUGUACAGAUACAUUCUGGAGAGAGACAUGGAGGAGAUCCGGUUCAAGGAUGUUGUGUCGGGGAUGAUCAAGCUGGAAAGAGAGGUGCACAACAGAGACCUGGAGGAGAAGGAUGUGCGGGACAUUGUGAACCAUAACAGGCUACUCCUUCUGUUGAUGAUGAGGAAGUUUCCUUCGAUAUUCCGGCCGGCAUGUUCCAGGUUCCUGCUGCACAUCCUCCAUGGCUACAUCCACAGAAUAGAAGAGGGCCCUGUGGAAGAGCUGGGAGACGAGAUCCGGGUGGUUUCGAUUGGAAUCUUCAUAUUGUCCCCGGCGAUUUCGAUCUUCUUUAUUCUGUACUACAUUGCAAAGAUCAUAGAAAAGUCCCAGAGCAAUAUGUUCUAUGUGUUCAAGAAGUCCCACAGGCCGUGGUUCAAGUACAUGAUGGCCAAAAGAAACGAGUAUCCACACGAAACACACAGGAAGAUACAGAAGGGAGCUGGAUAUCUAAACGGAUUUUUUCUUUCAAGAAAGAGAGACUGCAUCCCAAGGGUCUGCUCUGGGAUCUCGUUUCUUCUGAGCUGUCUUGUGUUUCUGGUUGGAUAUCUUAUUCUGAGCAUCUUGGUUGCAUCCAAGCCAAACCUGAGCCAGAGCCUUUCCCAGGAUAUAACUGUCUUUGGGAGGACAACAAACAUAGUGUAUCUCUCGUACCUCAUGGGGGGAAUAUCCUGCUGCCUGAGAUGUCUCAGCAUCGAGUAUGGGGUUUCGAACCGUCGAAAGAUGUUUGCCAAGUGGUGUGUGCUGAUGGAGCAGACGGAGGUGCUGAAGUACUGUGGAAGGCGGGGAUCCCUUGAGGCGAUUAUGUCGAAGAUCUUUGUUCCGCGUAUAUAUUUAUUUCUUGUAGAGAUAGUGUCUCCAUUUAUUGUUCCUUUCCAGUUGGAAGGAAUGAGAAGGAGGUUGGAGAGGAUCCGGCAGGAGUUUGAAUCUGUGGGGGAGGGGGAGUACGACAGGCGGGUCUCGAUCCUUGAUCUAUGA